AUGUCCCGCCUUGUCUCCUUUGCUUCUCUCCUGGCGGCUGUUAACGCCCACGGCUACGUCCAGAAUAUCGUCGUCAAUGGCGUCUACUAUUCUGGAUGGGAAAUCAAUACUUAUCCGUACAUGACCGAUCCUCCAGUCGUUGCGGCGUGGCAGAUUCCCAACAGCAAUGGUCCUGUUGAUGUGUCAAACGGCUACACUACUGAGGAUAUCAUCUGUAACUUGAACGCCACGAACGCGGCCGGAUACGUCGAGGUUGCUGCUGGAGACAAGAUCAACCUGCAGUGGUCAGCCUGGCCCGAUACUCAUCACGGUCCUGUGAUCUCCUACCUCGCCGAUUGCGGCGACGACUGCACGACCGUCGACAAGACAACGCUCGAGUUUUUCAAGAUCGACGCCGUCGGCCUCGUCGACGACUCUACCGUCCCUGGUACCUGGGGUGACGAUGAGCUCAUCGAGAACAACAACUCCUGGAUGGUCGAGAUCCCCACCUCCAUCGCGCCGGGUAACUACGUCCUGCGCCACGAGAUCAUCGCCCUUCACAGCGCCGGCACUGAGGGCGGCGCCCAGAACUACCCACAAUGCUUCAACCUGAAGGUUACAGGCUCUGGCACGGAUUCCCCGGCCGGCACGCUCGGUACAGAGCUCUACAACCUAGAUGACCCCGGUAUCCUGGUCAAUAUCUACGCCAGCCUGUCGACUUAUGUUAUCCCCGGCCCGACGCUGUACAGCGGAGCUACGAGCAUUGCCCAGGCUACCUCUGCCAUCACGGCUACCGGCUCAGCGACUUCUGGCGCUGGGGGUGCUGCUGCUACCGGUAGCAGUGCCGCUACGACAACCGCUGCUGCUGCCUCUACUACCGCCACCCCGACGACAGCCGCUGCGCAGACAGCUAAGUCCGCCUCUGCGCCUUCGUCUGCGGCCACUGGUUCUGUCCCUGCUGCCCCUACAACUGCAACUGUCAGCACAACGACAUCCAUUGCCACCAGCGUCGGUACCACCCUCACCCGCACGACCCUGGCCACCACGACUACGGCCGCAGCCGCUGAGCCUUCUGCGUCGGCUCCUGCGCCCAGCGGCAACAGUGCUAGUGGUUCUAACCCCUUGUACGCUCAGUGCGGCGGCCUCAACUUCAAGGGAGCGUCUGGAUGCGUCGCCGGUGCUACCUGCAAGAAGAUGAACCCCUACUACUCGCAGUGUGUCUCUGCGUAG